UUAAAUUCUGGAAAGCAAAUAGAUUUAUACUUGCAAAAUGUGUGAUAAAAAAGAAGCAAGCAAGAGAUAUACUGGGAAGAAUAUCUUGGCUCCUAUGGUUCGAAUUGGUACUUUGCCCUCAAGGCUGCUUGCAUUGAAGUAUGGUGCAGAUCUAGCAUAUUGUGAGGAACUCAUUGAUUUCAGAUUUGCAGAAUGUCACAGAGUUGAAAAUCCCAUACUCGGGACUGUGGACUUCCUACAAGAUAAAGACAGUCGACCAAUGUUUCAAACAUGCUCAGAAGAAAGAGAUAAAGUUGUUUUGCAAAUUGGAACAGCUGAUGCCCAAAGAGCUUUGCAAGUUGCUAAACUAGUGGAGAACGAUGUAUCCGGUAUUGAUGUCAAUAUGGGUUGUCCCAAAGAAUAUUCUACCAAGGGAGGAAUGGGUGCUGCUUUGCUACGGAAUCCAGAUAAAAUAAAAGAGAUUUUGACAACUUUAGUAAAAGGAGUUUCAAUUCCAGUUACAUGCAAAAUCAGGCUACUUCCAAAGCUAGAAGAGACAAUUGAACUUGUUAAACUGAUUGAAAGUACUGGUGUUGUUGCGAUUGGUGUUCACGGCCGUCUUAAAGAGGAAAGACCACGGCAUCCAGUUCAUUCGAAUAUGAUAAAAAAGAUUGCAGAAACAGUUUCACUACCAGUUAUAGCCAAUGGUGGAUCUGAUGAUAUCAUCAAGCAAUAUAAAGAUAUUGAAAGAUUUAAACAACUGACUGGAGCUUCCUCUGUGAUGAUUGCUAGAUCUGCUCAAUGGAACAUGUCAGUAUUUAGGAAGGAAGGAUUGCUUUCUACUGAUGAUGUUGUUAAGGAUUAUCUGAAAUAUGCAAUCAAAUAUAAUAAUCACUUCAUAAACUGCAAGUUUUGUAUCCAAGAAAUAUUGAGAGAUAAACAAGAAAGUCCGAUGGGAAAACAAUUGCGCUCCUCUUCAUCACUCAGAGAAAUUUGUUGUAUAUGGGGUAUGGAAGAGGAAUAUGAUGCUGCAGAAAAGAGAAGAAAUGAAUUGCGGGUUAAACUUGGACUUGUCGAUGAAAAGUCAUUAGAGCCUGAUGCAAAACGAAUAAAGAGAUCUGAUAUUGUGGAGAUGAAUUUUCAAAUUAAAAGAUGUGAAUAUGAUUUGAAAAAGAACAAAACACCCAAAACAAUUUUGUAUGAAUACACACUCAAAGAAGAGUUGAAGCCUCCUUUUUAUACUACGGAAUGUCGAAGUACAGAUAGACACUUUCAAUCAAUUGUUACUGUAAAUGGGAAAAAAUAUAAAACAACAUCAUGAGGGAACGAUGGACACAACAACAACACUUGAACCAACCAAAACGCAAACUAAUAUAUAGGAUUUAAAACAGAAAUCAUAUGCCCACUCAUCACACAAACGCUAAGAUGUCUCAAUGUCAUCGAUUGUUAUAUUUUUGUAAUAUAUUCUAAUUAUAUCUUUACACAAAACAUAACCAAAUAAUAAAAAAAUAACACCGUCAAUACUGACAUGUCUCAAUUUUCUAGGUUAUUAUAACAUAAUAUUUUAACACAUACUAAUUCUUCGAAUGACCCUGAACUUUAGAAAUAUAUUUAAGUUUUGAAUUUUUUUUUUCAAUAUUACCGAUAACAUGAUUUUGGCAAUGAAAUAAGCAUAGGAAAAUGUGAAGGAAAACGGAUUUCAGUUAAUAAUUUUUAACACUUUCUCAAUUCAGAAAAUAUUUAAAACAAAAAUCUCUUUAUUUUGCUUUCCGAAAAUAUUCUCAAUAUCCUACUAUUUUUACCACUUUUUUUACGCCCCCAAAAAUAUAAAAAUUGAAAAGAUUUUCAGAAUUGAAUUUAAAAUGGUUGAUUACCGGUAAUCAGUUUUCGUCAAUCAUGAAUGCUGUUCUGAUUACUUAUUUCACAAUUUGCAGAAUACUUGUUUAAUCAAGCUAAAUUUAGUUUUUGCAAUAAAGGUUUAUUUGUUUAGCGGGAUAUUUAUUUAUAGCUUGAAUAAAUUGAUCAUCAAUAUUUCGCUUAAUUUUACUGAUUUGACAUGAUAAUUGAUGUAAUUCUUGAUAUAGAUGAUGCCCAUCUCACACAAUGUAUACAAAUAUGACAGAAAAUUCUUACGCAAAUUUGACAUUGGCGGCAAUGGUCAAAUUCAGAGAUAAAUUAACCAAACCUAUCUUAUGUAAUCAUUAAAAAUAUCUUUUUGUAAACAAUUGCCAAGUGGUGGGGUGGUACCAAAUUGUUUAUAUUUUUGUUUGUUUGUUUUUUUAUUAUUAGAUCAAUAUCUAGUUUCAGUUGCCCAUAUUUAUUUAUAUGUUUUGACAUUUUUUUUUGAAAUUAUCUUGCAAGAGGUGAUAGAGAUCAUUUAUAUUUCCAGGUUUAUAAUACAUCUAAAUAUUUGUAUUUAUUUGCAAAUAGCUGUAAACUUCAGGAUGUAUACAUAUGAACACAUUUCAGUAGUACAUGAAUGUUACUUCCAGUAGUUCAAUGAACGAUGCAAAUUUAAAAAAAAACUUUGAUUUAAUGUGCAUAUCUCUUAAGCACACUUUGCUCUAAUAUUGCAAUUCAUUGUCUGCGUUUUUCCAGAACAGCAUCAAUUGGAUUAGCAUGUCUCAUAUAUUCAUACGUUUUUACAAUAUUGCUUACUUCUGAAAUCCGUAUGCAACCUGUCCAAAAUGCGUUGAAGAUGUUGAAAUAUAUUUCAAAAAACCAACACUAAUUCAACUAUUACAUUUUUAAACAGCCAAAGUAUGUUCCACACUAAUGGUGACAUUCAAAGUUUCCUAUAUUCUCAGAAAAAUUUCAACCAACCUUGGGCACAUAUGUGCGAAAUUCGAAAAUUUGCAUUUAAUCUUUAUGAAUUUCACGCUUCAGAACCACUUUUAAUUAAUUAGCCAUUGUAUAUUUUGUCUUGACGUUUCAGUAUUGAUAGGUAUGCACCUCUUGCUUGUUUAUUAGUUUAUAUUAACUGGGUGUUUGGUUUAUUAUUACUGUUAUGGUGCCAUGUUAUCGUAUGUUACCAUCUGGAUAACCAUGUCGCUUGUGUGGUCAAAACACUUCUUCAGGUGAGUGGUUGUCGUAUUGUCUUGUAACGGAAUUUUUAUUGAAAGUUCAAUUUUGACCAAGCAAGUACGUUGGAUAAUUUUUUUUUGAUGAAUCUUACUUUUCUGUGGGCGAUGCUUGAUGUAAUUUACUACCCAAUAUUUAAGAUGAAAAUAUUACGAUUUUGUUAAUAAUGUAUUGUUCACAAAUUCUAAUAAUAGCAAUCUUCUAUAUGAUGAAUUGUAAAAAAUGCUCCUGUCACAGAUGACAUUCUGCGGCUUUUAUCAUUAUAACAUGGCGAUGAUGGAAACCCAGAAAUAUGUUAGUUUUCAGACUUCCGUUUUUUUAGUCUUUAAACUAGCUAGUUUAACAGGCUGGAAUUAUUUGUUUACUGCAAUAUGUGAAUUGAGUAUCCCGGUGUCGCUUUCAAUCGUUGGAAUAGAGAGAACACCUCACCCACGUAUGAUUGGUAACAACUGUUGCUCUUCUUCCCUAGAUGUCUGUAAUUGAUGCUUGGAUAGCUUUGUACAUGUAGGCGUGGGUGGUUCUGAAUUUCUCAUAAAAAUAUUUUUACUACGAAUCCUUAGAAUUAUUUUGAUUAUUUUUCUAUUUUGAAACUCUUUACUUUCGUUUAUAUCGUGGUUUGUUUUUUAUAUAAAGAUAUAAGUUGAUAAAAACCAUAGCUGUUUUGUAAUUUACACUAUUUACUUGGUUUGAUUUAACAAUAUACGCCUGUCCCAUAUUUUCUGACGUCUUGUGUAGGUGUUUUGUUCCGGUUUUUGUUUGGGUGAAAUAUUUUGUUUUAGUUAUUUAUAUUUUCACUUUCGAUUUAUGAACAUGAUUUCCUACGAAUUAUUCUUUCCUCCUACUGAUGUUUUCCGACCUCAUCUGACAUUCUCCGCCAUAGCUUCAAUGUCAUCAAUUGCCUUGUUGUGGUGGCGUACUAUAUUGUUACACUACCAAACUUUCCAUGCUGUAAAAAAUAUGGAAAUGUUUAAUUUUGGGCGCACACGAAUUAGAGUCAUUUACCAACUAUAGCUUGUAUCGUUCAUUAUGUGAAAUUUUUUUUAUCAACGUUUUCAUGAACUAUCUACGAUAGUUUAGUAAAACACCAUAACGAUCCCCAAUACAGUUCAGUAUAAUCACCUUAUUUAUUUUGUAAUUCCAAAUCCAAAUUUUAUUUUUCUUUAUGGGGUGGGCGUCGAGUUGAAAUAACACCAAUUAACCCUCGACGCACAUUUUAUUUCGUCAGCAGCCGCUCGCUUGUUCAUUAAAUGCAAGAUCCUAACCAUAAGUCAAAUCUCGCGUGCAUUGUCUUCCUUUUAAUCUUCCUAAUCCUGUUUCGCUUUCGCAAUUUUCAACAUUGUCGUCAACAAAUGCUCUUACUUUUAAACUAGUAUUGCCCAUGUAGUGGACGCCCAUUAUUUUCAUAUCGGACGUACAUGUUACUGCUUGAACAAGUACUGAACUUGGAUAAAAUGAAUCAAUUCGGAUGCGUGUAUCGUGCGCCCGAAUUAGUCAUCGCACGCGCGUGGUCUUUUUUCCUGCAAGGGCGUUGAUGAAUCAGUUGAUGCCUUGCGACGAAUGAUUACGUUCGUUUCCAGUAAUUUACUUGUUAUUCGGUCUGUUUUUAGCACAACAAGAUUUAGUGUUCGCAUUUUUUUACGCAACAAUUAUUUGUCGAUUUUUGCAUUUCGAUGUUUUAUUAAUGAGAUUCCAAGAAACCGUUGAAUUGUGGUUCGUUGUAUCUAUAUUUUAAGGACACAUUAAUGAUGUUUCUGGCAUUUUUGGUUGGUGAAAUAUUAAAAAAGUCAUAGAGGGGUGUCAAAAUGACCCAGGAACACCGGGGGUUAUUAGGCUAAGACAUUUACGAUCCGCCGUAAGAUUAUUGUUUGAAAAAAAGCAAACCUCGCAUACGAUUAUAUAAUAAAAUUAUUCGCAGUACGACUUUCUGGUUGCAAUAUCUGUUUAAAGAUUUGUUUAUGAUCGCCUAUUGUGUAACGGGACUGGAGCCCCGCGUAAGCGCCUCAGAUAUCCCGAAUGGUUCCAUAAACCAAUGCCGUAAUUGAAAUAUUCAUUUUCCUCAACCAAAAGACUUGUCAAGCUCUAAUAUCGUUGAAUGUACCUUGUGUAAUGAAUAAUCGAAACCUGUGUUGUAAAAUCCAAAUCCGACGAGGCUUCGUGGUUAUUGAUGGCGGUAUAUUUGGUCUCUGUGUAACCGCGAAAUAAUGGAUUCCUGUAGCAUACAUAUAAUUUUCCCAAAAUAUUCGUACCCUUUAAUAUCGCCUAUAACUCGAUUAAAUAGAAUGCAUCUUGGUGAAAAUAGCAGUUUCGUACUAUCCAAAUAAACUGUCGACAGAUAGAUAACCUCAUUAUUCUCGCUGCUUCAAAUCAAAAUGACCUCGAUGGGCCAGUUAAACAGAUAUUUCUGUCACGUCAUGCAUACCAAAACACAGAAGAAAAAAAUUACAAGGAUCACAAAUCUAAACUAAAUAACAAAACGUGGCCGUGCGAGGUUUCGCGUGCUAGAUUUCGAACAUUUUUAUUAAUAUAUUAAAUUUCGAUCAUUAUCCAAGAACUUACCUAAGGUUCUAAGUGUAUAUAGUGUGUAAAUUUUAGUGUAUAAUUCCAAUCGCAAGUUUAUUUUGGUUCAUUUCUGCAACGAUAUUAUCACUGCUUGGCGGCGCAUGCCGUUAGUCCCGGACUAUUAUCAUCGUGUAUAUUUGUUUAUAAAUGUAAAGCAUUUCGAGUCGAUUCUCCACCAAGUCGUUCAGUGGCUUAACAUGUUUUAAGCUACUAGUUCUGUGUAUAUAUUUUAUAUCAUAAUUUGAUUUCACGCACUUUCUGUGGAACGGUUAUCAAUUCAAUAUGGGAAUACUGGCGUAUAAGUUCGGUGUUCAUUUAUAAAGUAUCAAGUAGUGUAUCUCAUGAAUUUGUGCGAUGUAUCUUUCCGUGGCUUGUUUGCUAUUGUUUCUAUUAACAUACCACUGAGGGUUCAUCCAACUCCAUCAAAACUCAUGUAACAUGUCAGGAUUAAGACGAUAGCAGUCUUGUGAAAAUAUUAAUAUCUUAUAUUAAUAUCGUGAUAUGGCCGGAUACAUUAGAAAGGUCAAUGCUGUUACAAAUUUUUGUGGUCUUAUCACCUUGUCCUAUUAUAUGAUUUUUUUAUUGUUAUUUCUUUCUUUUUAACGUUUUUGAGAAAAAAAAAAUUUGAGAUUAAAGCGAGUUGGCAACGCCCAAAACCGCCCUUGAAAAAUAUAUUUUAAAAAAUGUUUAUUCAAUAUUGAUUUUCCCGGUUUUCGUUUUAAAUCAAAUUUUAUAACCCCACCUUCCAUUAUAUACAAAUAUAAUAUUAUAUAGGGAAAGAAACAAAAAACUUGCGGAACAGAGUGCUGCCAUUGUUUGUCUAAGAACGCUUGGAAUCGACGAUGGAAGGAUGGCGCCAAUAGACAGAAAAGUUCCGUCUCAGAGUACAACUCGUCCGAAGUUUGUGAAGU